AAACUAAAAGUUAUUUAUCUGUGUUGCGUGACUACUGGAAAAUUUGCAAAUAUCAUUCGAUUUUGUGAAUCAAAAGUUGAGAUAAAAAUAAGAAACUAAAAAAGUGACUGCGAAUUAAAAUCGCUUUAUUGAAUUAGUAGAGGAUUGUAACUACGAAUUGAAAACAAAGCAAAACCGUAGUGUUUUUAUAACGAUGUCUGCAACCGCACUAUUUGGAAACACCUCCGGGCUUGGUGGUAGUUCAGGUGGGAAUAAGCACUUGGUGGAGUUUCGGGCUGGCAGAAUGACUCUCAAAGGUCGUAUGGUGCAUCCGGACAAAAGGAAAGGCUUACUAUAUGUUUAUCAAGGAGAAGACUCAUUGAUGCAUUUUUGUUGGAAAGACCGUACAACUGGCGAAGUAGAAGACGACCUGCUAAUAUUCCCUGAUGAUUGUGAGUUUAUGAGAGUUAAUGAAUGUACAACUGGAAGAGUUUAUGUACUCAAAUUCAAGUCAUUUUCCAAGAAGUAUUUCUUUUGGAUGCAGGAGCCUAAAACUGAUAAGGAUGAUGACCUUUGCCGUCGCAUCAAUGAGUCUUUAAACAAUCCACCAACAUCGGGUGAACGUGGGAGUAGUGGCAGUGGUGCCCAGGAUGGUGAGCUGCAGAACUUGCUGAACAACAUGUCUCAGCAACAACUGAUGCAGUUAUUUGGAGGUGUUGGCCAAAUAGGUGGCCUGACAUCGCUUCUUGGCACCAUGGGUAACAACAGCAGCGGGGGCACGGGCGGCAGUCGUACAUCGGGCGGAAGCAACAGCAGCUCUCGCGGCGGCUCAGCCCCGCGUACGACGGACGCAAGCGCACGCACUCCCGCACGACCGCGCUACCCGGCGGCACCCAACGCCACGCCGACCGCUGCCGCGGCGCCCGCGCCGUCUCCUGCGGCCUCCGCCACUGCCGCCGCACCCACCGCUGCCGCUGCCGCUACGCCUACGCCUACUGCCGCUGCCACAGCUGCUACAGCCGCCGCAGCGGCCGCAACUCCUCGCAGUGGUCAGAUAUUCCUUUCGGACCUGCAACGAUACUUCUCGGGGCUGGGCACCGCGCCGGAGGGCGAGGCUGCGGUUGGCGCCGCGGGCGCUGCGGCCCCGCGCGUGGACCUUGGUGCGGCGUUGGCUGCGCCCGACGUGCUGAGCACGGCCAGCGAGCCGCCCAACGCCCAACGCCUCACGCCGCAUCUACCGCCCGCGACCAGCGCCGCCGCGGACGAUGUAAGGACCACCCUGCUCUCACCGCAGUUCGCCCAGGCAGCCAAUCAGUUUUCUUCAGCCCUGACGUCUGGGCAGAUGGGUCCAGUUGUUUCUCAAUUCGGUCUCCCGGCUGAUGUGACUUCCGCUGCCAACACAGGCGACAUGCAAGCUUUCUUCAAGGCCUUAGAGAGUGCUUCCUCUGGUUCCGAAAGCAAUAGGUCGCAGGAAGCUGACAAAAAGAAGGACAAGCCACAAGAAGAGAAGAGUAGCAAGAAAGACGAUGACGCUGGAAUGUCGUUGGAUUAAACUUGUUUUUCUAUAUAAUAAACACUUUAAUUUUCAUAUAAAAAAAGCAGAAUUAAGUGUCCUUUUGCUGUAACGCAAUCAAUUAUAUUCCAAAAUAAAAAAUAAUAUUUACAGAAUACAAUAAUUAUUUUUACAGGGGUAAAACCAAAUAUGUGACCAGUAAAUUAAAUUUUAUUGAGUGAUAAAAGUAUUUCAAUAUUCUCUUUAAAAUCGGCGAGAACGAAGUCUUGAGGUUUUUAUCUCAUUCAAUGUAGUUAUUAAAUGAAAAAUCAAAAUCAAACAUAUUUAUUUGGCCAAAAAAAUAUACAGAACAAAUUCAUUAAGUGAAACAAGUGAUUACAUGUUUCACAUUAAAAAUAUGUGUACCGUAUUUCUUCAUUAAAUUGUUUAUUAUAUGUACACAUCAAAAUAGUUCAGUUAAAUAGUUGGUUUUUGUUGAAGUGCUAUAUGCUUUGUGUUUCUUUUUAUUUUACUAACAAAUUCGCAUUAUUAGUAAAAAUUUUAUUAUGUAACAUAA